CAGAGAGGAAUUCAGAAACAAAUAUUGUUGAAGCAACUGGCUUUUGCAUUGAUGUUUUCAAACAAGUGAUGGAAUUGCUACCAUAUGCUAUACCAUAUGAGUUUUUCCCCAUUGAAUAUGUUGAUCACCAGAAAGAUGGAGAUUAUAGUGACAUUUCUAACCUGAAAUCUAAUUUGGAAGCCAUUUCUGAGAAGUACGAUAUAGUGGUCGGAGAUAUCACCAUCACAGCAAACAGAUCGGAACUACUCGAUUUCAGCUUCCCCUACACAGAAUCUGGCGUUGCUGUCAUCGUCCCAAUCAAGGACAACGACAGCAGGAACGCUUGGAUUUUCAUGAAACCUCUCACGACGGGGCUGUGGCUAGCAGCCGGAGCAUGCUUUUUCUUCACUGGAUUCGUUGUGUGGGCUCUUGAGCAUCGCGUGAACGAGGAAUUCCAAGGUCCUCCUCUUCAACAAGUUGGAACUGUCUUCUGGUUCGCCUUCUCAACCAUUGUUUUUGCACACAGAAAGCCGCAUAUUUAAUUCAAUCUCAUUAUCAAUUGAGCUCUGUUUGUGUAAAUAUGAAGUGACUGACUGUCACA